AUGUACGUGGCCGUCAUCCUGCCGACGCUGUUGUACGAAGCGGAGACUUGGACAGUGUACACGGGGCAGGCACGCUGGCUGAACCACUUCCACCUCAGUUGUCUUUGUCGCAUCCUGAGGCUCAGCUGGCAGGAUCGAAUCAUCGACACUGAUGUACUAGAACGGACGGGAAUCCUCAGCGUCUACACCAUGCUGAGACAAAUGCAUCUGCGUUGGAGCGGCCACCUGGUGCGCAUGGACGACGAACGACUACCCAAACGACUCUUCUACAGAGAGGUCGUCACGGGCUCUCGUCGCCAAGGAGGCCAAAUUCAUCGAUACAAGGACACUCUGAAGUCCUCUUUGAAGCGUCUAUAAAUUAACCCGACCACCUGGGAAGACAUCGCCCUCGACCGACCGACCGACCUGGAGGAGGACAGUGAAGACAGGCGCUGCGAUCAAUGAGGCCAACCGCAUCGCCGCUGCUAAAGUGAAACGCGAAGCGCGCAAAUCAUAGCUGCGCCCAGUCCGCAACGCUGACGCUUAACCACUUCCAACGUGUUCUCGAUGUCAACGGACAUUCCAGGCACGAAUUGGACUUAUUGGACACUUUCGGACCAACUCCACCUCUCGGAACGCCUAAACAGCCGUCCCUCCGCCUGCGUCUCCCUCGUCCUCUCUGCCGUCACCUAACUCUGACUACUCUUCUGUACCACCACUUCCAUCCUCCUCCUCCUCCCAUCCUUCCUCCUCUUCCUCAUCCUCCUCCCCCUCUUCCUCCUCCACUGCCCUCACGACGGCCGCUCUGGCGUCUGUCGCGCACAACAACACAACACACGCCCCUGAAACAACAACAGACAUCACCUCUGCAACUUCCGACUCCAGAAGUGAGGACAAGGACUACACCUGCCCUCACUGCGACCGCACCUUCCCCUCACACAUCGGCCUGGUCGGUCAAUUGCGAAUCCAUCGCACAGAGACUGGCGAACCAGUGCGUGAAGCACCAACCUACACCCACCGCACUCGCCUCCACUGA